UACAGUUCACUUGCCCGAAGAUCAGCACUGCAGUCUUGGAGUGCAGCUGAGAACAAAGCAACAGAGGACAAUGGAUAAUGAUCUGCAUCACAGAGGAUUUCCGCUCAACGGUCUACCUUCAAAUAGUGCAGGAACACAACUGCAGGACAUUGGCAACAUUAAAAUUGUUCUUUUGGGGAAAACCGGAGUUGGGAAAAGCUCAACAGGAAACACCAUACUUGGAGAAAGUGUUUUUAAAUGUGGAAAAUGUCUGAAAUCUGUAACACAGAAGUCAGAAGUGAGAAAUUCGCUUGUUGAAGGCAGACAUAUAUCUGUUGUUGAUACUCCUGGGUUUUUUGACACAACACUUCCAGAAGAGGAGCUGGCAUUGGAGAUUGCAUGGAGUGUGUUUCUGUCUGCACCAGGACCUCAUGCGUUUUUAUUUGUACUACCCUUCAAUAGAUUCACAGAGCAGGAGGAAGAGGUAUUGGAAGAAAUUAAAAUGAUAUUUGGUCAAGAUGUACUAAAAUAUCUUAUACUGCUCUUUACAAAUGGGGAUGAUGUUGACACGGAGACAUUUAAGUCAGAGGUAAAUGAGCAUGAAAAGCUAAGAAAAAUAGUUGAGAGAUGUCAGGGGUAUCACAUCUUCAACAACAAAGAUCAAACUAACAGACAGCAGGUGAUUGAUCUCCUGCAGAAGAUUGACACAAUGGUACAGCAGAAUGAAGGAAAACAUUACACUAAUGAGAUGUAUGAGGAGGCAAAGAAAAGUAAACAAGAUGAAGAAGAGAAAAAGAAAGAUCAAGAGAGAUGCACGUGCAUCGGCUGUCGCUGUAGUUGUGCAUUUAAGCGUUUCUGGUGAAAUUUCAAGGAUUUUUUCAGAAACAUUGCACGUAAAUUGCGUAAAAACAGAGAUUACAAACGAUUGUAGGUAAUCCACUAAGAAAUCAUGCUUUAUUUACACAAAAUGUUUUUGAUCCGUCACACAACUUUUUGCGGCUCUUUUUGUUCUU